CACGGAUGUAGUGCGCACCGUGUGCGGUGUUAGAAAACGCAUCGAGGCCCCGUAAAGAUCAACAUGGAAGGUGGCGACAAGGUAAACCCCGGUAGCCUGGCGGAGAAGGGUGGCCUGCAGACUGGCGAUGCCCUGCUCAGCAUCCAGGGCAAGUCGACCGACCAGAUGCGUCACAAGGAAGCACAGGACGCCAUCGUGCGCGCCGGAAACUACCUGGAGCUCCAGAUUCAGAGGGGCGCCAGCAUGACGUGGAAGCCGAAGGUGACGCCAGUAGGGUCGCUGCCGAAGCCCAGUCCGAUGAGCAAUGGAGGACCGGCCCCGGUUACGAAGACGUCGCUGGCUGCAAACAAACAGCCGUACAAGCCGGUGGGCACGGGGCACAACACGGCAGCCAAGCCUUUCGGCGGCACGAUGCAGGCGGUGGUGCACAACCAGUACAACUCUCCCAUGCCCGUGUACUCCAUGAACAACAUCGCCGACACGCUGUCCGCACAGACGGAGGUUCUCACGUCGGGCGCCGUCGGCAUCAACUUCAUGAAGGGAGACAAGCCGCUCAACAAGGACUCGGCCGUCUACCGCAUGGUCCUGGAGGAAGACAAGCACCCAAAAG